AUGAAAGUAUUAAAUAAAUAUAAACGUGAUAAAUCGGUUGAUUGCGGUGUUAUACGAAAAUCUGCAAAAGCAUCAGAUACUUCCAAACCGAAAAAAAAAAAACUCCAACCAAAUCCCUGUUUCAGAGUUCUUCAUGUAUUCAUUCCGAAGACCCAAGCUUUUAAUUUUCCGAAAUCACGCAACCGCCCUAAAUGUCUAAAUAUGCAACAUUUUAUUUUUGAAUUCGGAAAAACAGCCGACGUCCGUCAUAUGGCCGCUUUUUCAAAAUUAACUAUGAGUGUCUUCGAAGAAAAUUCUAAAUUAUAUUUUUCACACGAUGUUUGUAUGUAUUUCCACAUUGGUUCGUAG